AUGGCAGCCAUCCGAAGAAAGAGGAUUUCAUUUUCAAGACAAAAUGAUGAUGCGGAUAGCUGCAGUACUUCUUCUGCAGUUAACAAGGGUCAUUUUGCUAUCUACACAGCUGAUCAAAAGCGGGUUGUUAUCCCUCUGUCGUAUUUGGAGAAUGAUAUUGGCCGUGUUUGGGCCAAUUAUCAAUUAUCAGUAAACUUGUCACAAGAAGAAUUUGGGCUUCCAUGCAAUGGGCCUAUUACACUACCAUGUGAUGCAGCCUUCUUGGACUACAUCAUUUCACUUCUUAGUCGAGGAUUAUCCAAAGAACUCGAGAAUGCAUUGCUCAUAUCAGUUGCUUCAUAUCGGCGUUCAUUAGGUUCAUUGCACCAAGAAGGGUUGAGAAAUCAAGAAUUGCUAGCUUGCUGA